AGGUCAGUUUCAGUCGGCGUGCUCAUUUGAACAGCAGCCCCGCUACGGAGAGGAGCGGCCCAGCAAGGAUCGGUCAACUUUCAAAUCUAUAUUGAUGGAGUGGCAGCCAGAUGAACAGGGACUUCAGCAGGUCCUCCAGCUGCUCAAAGACUCCCAGUCGCCCAACACUGUCACACAGAGAGCUGUCCAACAAAAACUUGAACAACUCAACCAGUUUCCUGACUUCAACAACUAUCUUAUCUUUGUCCUCACACGGCUUAAAACUGAAGAUGAGCCGACCCGCUCUUUGAGUGGUCUGAUCCUGAAGAAUAAUGUUAAAGCCCAUUACCAGAACUUCCCCCAAGGGGUUGCUGAUUUCAUCAAGCAGGAAUGUCUCAACAACAUUGGCGACCCAUCGCCGCUCAUCCGUGCCACUAUUGGCAUUCUCAUCACAACCAUUGCCUCCAAAGGAGAGCUUCAAACAUGGCCUGAAUUGCUGCCCCAGCUCUGCAAUUUGCUCAAUUCUGAAGACUACAACACAUGCGAGGGCUCCUUUGGUGCACUGCAGAAGAUCUGUGAGGACUCGUCGGAGCUGCUGGACAGCGAUGCUCUGAAUAGACCGCUCAACAUUAUGAUACCUAAAUUCCUUCAGUUCUUCAAGCAUUGCAGCCCUAAGAUUAGGUCUCAUGCUAUAGCCUGUGUGAAUCAGUUCAUCAUUGGCAGAGCCCAGGCCCUAAUGGACAACAUUGACACCUUCAUAGAGAGCUUGUUUGCGCUGGCAGCAGACGAGGACUCUGAGGUUCGAAAGAAUGUGUGCCGAGCCUUGGUCAUGCUCCUGGAGGUCCGCAUCGAUCGUCUCAUCCCACACAUGCACAGCAUAAUCCAGUACAUGCUGCAACGGACUCAAGACCCUGACGAGAACGUGGCUCUGGAGGCCUGCGAGUUCUGGCUCACUUUAGCGGAACAACCAAUCUGCAAAGAGAUGCUGUCCGGACACCUUGUGCAACUCACUCCUAUCUUAGUAAAUGGGAUGAAAUAUUCAGAGAUAGACAUCAUACUACUGAAGGGAGACGUGGAGGAGGAGGAUGAAGCCGUACCAGAUAGCGAACAGGACAUCAAACCCCGUUUCCACAAGUCGCGCACUGUAACACUGCAGCACGAAGGAGGGGAGGGAGAGGAGGGUGAGGACAUUGAAGAGGAAGAUGACGAUGAUGAUGAUACGCUGUCGGACUGGAAUCUGCGAAAGUGUUCAGCUGCAGCACUGGAUGUGCUCGCCAACGUGUUCCGGGACGAGCUCCUGCCGCACCUCCUCCCGCUCCUGAAAGGCCUCCUCUUCCACCCAGAUUGGGUCAUCAAGGAGUCUGGCAUCUUGGUAUUGGGUGCCAUCGCUGAAGGCUGCAUGCAGGGCAUGAUACCCUAUCUGCCGGAGUUGAUCCCCCACCUCAUUCAGUGUCUGUGUGACAAGAAGGCCCUGGUACGCUCCAUUGCCUGCUGGACCUUGAGUCGCUAUGCACAUUGGGUGGUCUCCCAGCCCCCUGACUCCUACCUCAAACCCCUUAUGACGGAGCUUCUGAAGCGCAUCCUGGACAGCAACAAGCGUGUGCAGGAGGCCGCCUGCAGUGCAUUUGCUACUUUGGAAGAGGAGGCUUGCACAGAACUAGUGCCCUACCUGAGUUUCAUCUUGGACACGCUGGUCUUUGCCUUUGGGAAGUACCAGCACAAGAAUCUCCUCAUCCUGUAUGAUGCUAUAGGAACCCUGGCAGAUUCAGUGGGUCACCAUCUCAAUCAGCCCGAAUACAUACAGAAGUUGAUGCCCCCCUUAAUUGCCAAGUGGAAUGAGCUGAAAGAUGAAGACAAGGAUCUUUUUCCACUACUGGAGUGUCUGUCAUCGGUAGCGACGGCCCUGCAGAGUGGGUUUCUGCCUUACUGUGAGCCUGUUUAUCAGCGCUGUGUCACGCUAGUCCAGAAGACGCUAGCUCAGGCUAUGAUGUACAACCAGCAUCCAGAUCAGUAUGAGGCUCCGGAUAAAGAUUUCAUGAUCGUGGCUCUGGACCUGCUAAGUGGCCUGGCUGAAGGUCUGGGGGGCCAUGUUGAACAACUAGUGGCUCGCUCAAACAUCAUGACCCUGCUUUUCCAGUGUAUGCAGGACACCAUGCCUGAGGUGAGACAAAGCUCCUUUGCCCUGCUGGGUGAUCUCACUAAGGCAUGCUUCCUUCACGUGAAGCCCUGCAUUGCUGAGUUCAUGCCCAUCCUCGGUCUCAACCUGAACCCAGAAUUUAUAUCUGUGUGCAACAAUGCCACCUGGGCCAUUGGAGAGAUCUCCAUGCAGAUGGGGACAAGUGCCAAGGAGCAAACAGGGAAUUGUCCAGGUGCAGAGAUGCAACCGUAUGUUGGCAUGGUACUGCCACACCUUGUGGAGAUCAUUAAUAGACCAAACACACCAAAGACUCUGCUGGAAAACACAGCCAUUACGAUCGGCAGACUGGGUUUCGUCUGUCCUCAGGAAGUCGCACCACAGCUGCAACAUUUCAUCAGACCGUGGUGCUCAUCAUUGAGGAAUAUCAGGGAUAAUGAAGAAAAGGACUCUGCCUUCCGGGGAAUCUGUGUGAUGAUCGGCGUCAACCCAGCAGGAGUGGUGCAGGACUUCAUUUUCUUCUGUGAUGCUGUGGCUUCAUGGGUCAACCCAAAGGAUGACUUGAGAGACAUGUUUUAUAAGAUCCUGCAUGGCUUCAAGGACCAGGUGGGAGAAGAGAACUGGCAGCAGUUUUCCGAGCAGUUCCCUCCUCUGUUGAAGGAGCGCCUAUCAGCCUGCUAUGGCGUCUAAACCAACCCCUACCCCCGGGUCCAUUGACCUGUUAGGUUAUUGAAGGGGAGGGUAACGGGGGAAAUCAUUGCACUGCCCAGAUCGUGGAGGGAUGGUAGAGCUGGAGGGAGGUGACUGGCUUUGACGCUCCACUCUGCGGAUGGCCUCCCUGCGCCCUGUUUGUCUCU